AUGACAGAAAAUAGAGCGGAAUUUGAUUUUAAGAUAUUCACUGGUGUGACGUUGUUUGAUGAUAUUCCAGAUUCUGACUUUGAUAAUGUAAAUGCAAAGCGAAGUAGUGUUGACAGUGCAAAUGAAGCCGGUGAUUCAGUGGACGAGAGCAAUUUGUCUGCCUCUGACAAAGCAAAGAACUGGUUUCACGAGCAUUAUAUGUCGUUGUUGAGCUACCAUCAGCAACGUGCUACACGUGUCACAGAGUUCUACGUGGAGCUCAACGACACCACCGCCUCACCAAUGUCAAGAGAGGAAAAGAAGACAAUGGAGAUCGAGUUCUACCAGAAGGAAACGACCUAUCUCAGAAUGAAGCGUAAAACCAAACAAGAGGAAUUCGAACCACUCUUUAAAUUCACACAACCAAAUGGAGCUAUAAUAAUGCCCGUUACUCCUGCUCCCAAUAAGAAACAACAACAUCAACAACAACAACAACAACAACAAGAAUCAACAGCGACAAGUAAAUCACCUUUAUCAGCUUCAUAUCCAACUACACCGAAUCACAACACUGGAAGCACUGGCAAUCUAAGGUCACUCUUAAUUGGGAACAAUCGGUCACCUUUCAAUUCCAAUGAGAAUCUCACUGGAACCGUUCGUUUCGAUACAAAGAAUGUCAGAUUUGCAGAUACAGAUUGUAUUCCAACAUCGCCACCUUCCAACGAUGAAUUCGAUCGCUCACAGGUUCGUCGAACCAAGAAUCUGAUAAAGAACGAAGAGUUACUCAUGGCAACACCAAAGAUGGCGAAUCUUCGUGUGAUUCAAGAUGCUAAGCUACUGCUGAGAGAGUUGGAGAAUGAAGUCAAAGGUAACUUGGAGUGUUCACUUAUCAACAGUUUAAUCAAGUUCCUCGAGAGAGAUACUACCUCUGAUUCACAAGCACAACUUCAACAAGUAGCUGCACUCACAUUAAACGAAUCAUUCGAGUCGAAUACAGAUCAAGAAGUAGCUGAUCCUAAAUCUGCACUUUACAUGAGAAUAGAGAACGAUAGUAAUACGAUCGAUGAGUUGGGUAGUCAGGUGGAAGCACUAAAGAAGAUGAUCACCAAUUUGGAGUUUGACUUGGGAGAAGCAAAGAUGUUGAAUUCAAAGUUGGAGGAGGAUAUCGAUUUGCUAAAGACUCCGCAACCACAUCAUAUGUCGAUGGCCGACGAGCUUAGAAGUGCAUUCCAACAGGACGAUACUUCAAAGGAGAAGCUAAGAGAUGAAUACGACUCUCAGAUACUACAGUUGAAUCAAGAGAAUCUUCAAUAUGCUCUGGAGAUUGAAUCGCUGCGUCAACAGCUACUCAACCAAGAGGAAUCGGCAAAGAAGUUGCGCGCUCAGUUGGAGUUGGAGUUGGCCAGACAGACUGCAGAGUUGAACAAAACAAUAGAGUUAAAGAGCAACGAGAUCGAUGAACUUGUUAGACAGAAGGAGAUUGCUCUUGACGAGCAUAGUAGAUUGAUCAACGAGAAGCAACAGUCGAUUGAACAACUUACAGUCGAUGUACAAAGUAAGGUGGUUGAUAUCCAGAAACUAGAUGGUCAGGUCAAGGAAUUGGAGAAUUCGUUGAGCCAAACCAAUCAAAUUCUAAUCGAUAAGGAGAUGGCAAUCGAUAGAUUCAUCAAUGAAGUGGAGCAGAAGGAUAAGCAACUACAGGAGAGAGAUGAACAGCUACAUGAAUCAAUGUGUGAAAUUCGUAAUAGAGACGAACAGUUACAAGAUUUGUCGAAUAGAAUCAAUGAAAAGGAUUCACUGAUAAAGGAGAAUACUGUUAUUAUUGACAAGUUGAAUGAGAGUGUCAGCGAGAAUCAACUGGUUAUUGAACAACUCGGUCAAAAGAAUAAGCAAAAUGAAGAUUUAGUUAAGAGAUUAGAGUUGGAUAAUGAGGAGAAACAAUCGGCUUUGGAGAAGUUGGUUGUCGAUGUCAAGGAGAAAGACGUUCAAAUCAAUGGAUUGUCAGAGAGUGUCCAAGAGAAGGAUAGAUUAUCACAACGUCUUACUGAAGAGGUUGAGAAGAAGGCCGAACAUCUUCAGAAACUCAGUGCGGAGAACGAAGAGAAACAACUUUUGAUUGAAAAGAUAACCACUGAGAAUCAAGUGAAGCAAGAUAGUAUCGUUCAGUUGACAGAGGAGAAUGCCAAUGGUGUGAAGGAAAUCAAACGAUUGGAACAAGAGUUGGACAGUCUCAAGUUGGAGUUAUCGAAUGGCGCAUCGGCAAACGACGCAGACAAGACACUGAUUCAGCAGUUACGCAAAGAAAAAGCACAGCUAUUAGGUGAGCAUAUUAUAUCAAUCAAUGCAUUAAACUCAAAACUUACACACUUAUACAAACGUGAUAAAGAAUCACUGGAGUCACAGAAAUCUGCAGACACUCUUAGAAUCACACAGUUGGAUCAACAAUUGGCACAACUUCAGGAGCAACACCAGCAAUUCACUGAGAAGAUCAACAAUAGUUUGCAACUAAACAAGACAUCGCUUGUUAGCUAUGAUGAAUAUACCAAUCAACAGAUGAAUAGGAUUCAACAAUCGCUGGAUAUCAACGUCAACUCACGACUCAACACUCUUGAACAAUCGGUGAAAGAAACGACUGAACACAAUCAACAUCUCCACACUCAGAUACAACAACUUACCAAGGUCAACAGUGAGCAAUCGGAAAUGAUUGCAACCACUCUAGAAAAGGUGAAUGGUUUGCAGCAAACAAACAAUGAACUUGUUGAGAAGAAUGUUCAUUUACAACGGAAAUCGGAUGAACUGUUUGUAGAUUUGGAGAGAGAGAAGGAGAAUGCUAGUUCAUUGUCAACGGAGAAUGCACAUCUCAAAGAACAGAUUGCCGAUCUCAUUAAAAAGCUCGAAGCAAAGUCACACAAACAUGGCUUGGCUGUCAAGGAGUUGUCACAACAAUUGUUUGACAUGACCGAGUUGGUGAAGAAGACCACCGAGAAAGAGGAGGUGGAAAUGAUUGCAUUGCCCGAUCCUCAGUUGGUAAAAGACUACAGUAUCGUCGAGGAAUCACCGUUGAUCAGAUUCAUCAAUGAGAAACUACCGAUGACCGAUGAAAUCAAGCAUGUAUUCCCUGUGGAUAGCAGCAAGCAUGUGAAACUAGCUAUAUACGACGGUGUUUUGAUGUGUAAGCUAGUGAAUCUCGCUCGUGAAGGAACGAUUGACGAGCGUGUCAUGAAUAUGAAACCACAGAAUCGAAUUGAGGUCGAUCAGAACUUCAAUCUUGUGUGUAACUCAUCGCGUGCCAUCGGAUGUGUCAUUCAGAAUAUAACUCCACAGGCGGUGCAACAAGACCCGCACAUCACACUCUCACUCAUCUACCAACUCGUUCGUGUAUAUAUCAACUCAUCGAUUAACCUUAAUAACUAUCCGAAUCUCCUAGUAUUCAAAUCAUCCGAUGAAGACAUCAAGCAUUUCGCAGCACAAAGUUCAUCACAACUCUUACUUCGUUGGGCAUGCUAUCAUUUAGAGAUAAAGAAAUCAAAAGAAUCUGUUGAGCAACUUUUAUUAAAACCAUUAAAUUGUAUAAAAUUACUUUGUAAAUUGGAUAAAGAACUUGUUCCACCAUCAUCAUCAUCAUCAAAUGAAGAUGAAUCUGUUUUAUAUGAAUGGAUAUUAACAGAGACAUCAAAUAGAUUCAAGAUAUUCCCUUGGUUAACUUUAGAUACAAUGAAAUCUAAAAAUGAGAAACUUGCGUAUUUGUUUAUUGCAAGUUUGUUCCUCUCUGAGAAGGGUAUUGGAAUAACAAUAGAGGAGAAUGAAACUAAAGAAGUUACUCUACUGGUAAAAGAAGUAUCGGAUUUAGUAGAUGUAGAAGGUACUCGUGAGGAAAGAGCAUUCUGUAUGUGGAUCAACUCUUUGAAUUUGAGUCCCUAUGUAAAUAACUUACAACAAGAUCUUCAAGAUGGUUUAAUUAUAUUACAAAUGUUUGACAAGAUAAAACCUGGUAGUGUAAAUUGGAAGAAUGUUAAUCAACAUCCAUCAAACAACUAUAUGGAGAUGGAGAAUUGUAAUCUUGGUAUUGACCUUGCAAGGAAAUUGAAAUUCUCUUUGGUAGGAGUCGGUGGAAGAGAUAUCCACGAAGGCAACCGUAAGCUUACGCUUGCUCUGAUCUGGCAAGCAUGUAAAUAUCAUUUACUCUCGAUUCUCGCAAGUCUGAGACCGGUCUCCAGUAGCGGUGGUAACCUGUCAUCGUCUAGCAAGGAUGUAGGUGAAUCGGACAUCAUUCGUUGGGCCAACCAAAAGGUUACUACGAUCGGCAAGUCAACGGGUAUCCACGGAUUCAAAGAUGGCUCGGUUGGCAACGGACUGUUCCUGAUAGACUUGCUCGAGUCUAUGUCGAGAGGCUGUAUUAACUACUCGAUUGUAACACCGGGAGACACCGAUGAGAACAAGAAACUCAAUGCUCAAUACAUCAUCAAUGUCGCCAGAAAGUUGGAUUGCUGUAUAUUUUUAGUGUGGGAGGACAUUGUUGAAGUUAAGCCAAAGAUGAUCUUGACACUCGUUGCUCAAUUAUAUAUAAAGAGUGUAAUAGAUGUAUAG